AUGUCUUCAGUGCAACCCAAUAAUCGUCCCUUGACACCAGUGAAGGUCCGCGGAAAGAAGAGAAACCGUGAGGAUGCUACACAGGCAAGCAAAGGGCUUGGUUCAACCACUGACACUGUCUUUAUACCCUCAAAGAGUGUCAUUACCAAGGUUAAUAACCAGCUCCAGAGUGCUAAUAGAAGCAAACUUAAGCAUACAAGGAUUACACUACAAUUACUGCCCACGGAAAUACUGGAGCAGAUCUUUUUCGAUUGCUUGGAAAUCAAUUUACUUCAUGUCUUUCCACGACUUGCAAGAGCGGUAUCAAAUGAACGCGUCUAUUCUUGUAUAGCUAUACUUGCCAUCUGGAAAGAGCCCAUUCCAAAGAAGGAGAUAGAUGAUGAGACAAUGGAUGAUGAGGAAGCUGUAGGGACGGACGAGCCAAUGAACGAUGAGCCAAUGGACGAGCAAACAAGAGCCCGUUUCGAACUGGGAGAGAAAGAAAUAAUGAGAACGUUCCGUCCUGUUGGAUAUAGGAAAUUAUCCAGGAAAGAAGCCGCGAGACUCCAGUCACAGAUCCUCAACUGUCGAUGGGCCACUUUUGAACGUAUCAGUUCCUGCGUUGUUAAAUGUGCCAAUCUAACACAGCUUCGAGUCAGAGGCUACGAAGAGGAAAGGAAUGAAUAUGAUCUAGCACAAGUUUUACAGCUUCUUGAGGACAAUCUGAUGUGGUCCUACCUAGAAAGUCUCAACUUAAAGAAAUUCGGUGGUACUUGGGUAUCCAUGAAGCAUACCAUUCUUAAUAGAGCCACCUCUUACAAGAUAUUUCGAAGUCCGGUCUGCAUCUUCUCUAUUCCGGAAAGAGCAAUAGAUAAAAGGCUGUGGACUACUCAAAAAUUCAGACUCUUUCGGCUACUACGCCUUAUGUUAUACCAAGGGAAACACCCAGUCCCCAUCCAGCCAUUUUCCCGAGAGGUACUCCAUACAGGUGUGCAUGAAGCUAUUGUUGAAUGCCGCCGAGAAAUAGUAAUAGGGCUUCUUGAAUUAGACGAAUACUGUGUCCGCUCCGCCGCAUACUCAUUUAAGGGGAUGUCUACGAAUUCUGCCUACGAGAUUCCACCGGAACACUUCAUUACUGCAGCUCGCCUUUCCACAAAACCUAAUAUGCUACAAAUCCUAGUCCGUGCAAGUGCAGAGUCACUUCCAUUUGAUAAUCCCGAAAUCACUCAAUGGGCACUCAUAGGAGAGAAGUCGUCUUGCCCAUUUUAUAAAUGGCUUCUAGACUUCAUGGUGCAACUUCCUUCAUGUCAGAGGCGUCACAGUUCUGAGAAGAGUUUGUUUGCCUGUGGCAUGCUCAAUGCAGACAAUGCAUAUGUGAAAAGUCUCGCAAAUACAUCAAGCCAAAUCCUCUAA